CUUUAUUUUUUUCCCUCUCUUUCAUUUUCAUUUUUUUUUCUUUAUUGUUUAAUGCAUCCCCUAAAGAGGACAUUCCGAAAAAAGCAUGAAUUGCCCAUUUCCAAUAAAACUCAUUCAGUACACACCAGCCACCAAAUAUUGAAUCCUAAACAAUUAUCGCUCAUCACUCUUGUGAUUCAAAACAGUAUGUUGGUCUUGUUAAUGCGUUAUUCGAGAACCAAAUCAAGCGAUGAGCCUAUUUAUAUUGCAUCCACUGCUGUCUUUAUGGCUGAAGUAGUCAAAAUUGUGGUGUCAAAAAAUAAUUGUCUUGAUAUGCUCUAUUUGCAGAUCAUUAGGAAGCCACAAGAAGUAGCUAAAAUGCUGAUACCCAGUGGUCUUUAUGCUUUACAAAACAACUUGCUAUACAUUGCUCUCAGUAAUUUAGAAGCAGCCACAUUUCAAGUCACAUAUCAACUUAAGGUGCUCUCUACUGCCGCAUUCUCCAUAUGGCUAUUAAAUCGAACAUUAAACCAAAACCAAUGGAUUGCUCUCGUGCUAUUAAUGAUUGGCGUCACAUUAGUACAAUCAGAGAGCAUGACGGGAUCAGUUUGCCUUGACGAUCAACAACCUUUAAUAGGGCUGUUAUCUGUCUUGGCCAGCUGUGUUUCUUCAGGAUUUGCAGGCUGUUAUUUCGAAAAGAUUCUCAAGACAUCUACAACAUCCAUGUGGAUUCGCAAUAUUCAAUUGGGAAUAUGUGGCGUUACUUUUUCACUCUUGGGUAUGCUUUUGUCUGACUUCCGAUUCAUAAGAACGCAUGGCUUAUUCUAUGGAUACAAUGCUCUCACUUGGCUUGUUGUAACCAAUCAGGCUCUAGGUGGAUUAGUUGUGUCCUUGGUAGUCAAGUAUGCUGACAAUAUCCUAAAGGGUUUUGCAACAAGCAUCUCCAUUGUUUUGUCCGGUCUGAUAACCUUCGUAUCUGUUUUUAACAGGCACAGCCAUUGUCAUUGUAGCGACUGUACUUUAUGGAAAAUAACACUUUAUAUAGAAAAAUUUAUUCCAUACUGUGGUACAAAUUGGCCAAAUUGGUCAUGCACAGUUGAACCAAUAUCAUGGAAGCAUUUUGAUAAGGCAUCCAUCCAAGUAGUCUUAGAAGAAUUUAUUGGAGGCUAAAUGAACUCGUAAAAACAUUUUGCGGUUUGUCUUCUUUACUGAUCUUAAUAAAAAAAAAAGAAGCAUUAAACAAAGGGAACAAAUUAGGUAUUUUGUACUACUCAUAAUGGGUCUAUUGUUGAAGAACUUUAACAUUUUAAAGUCUAACAAAGUGCACCUAAAGCAAUGUUUAGUUUUAAUAGUAAAUUGUGUUUUGAAAUAUCUAAGAAUGGUUAUUUUUGUCAAAAUAAGCUUGUAAAAAUUACAAGGUACAUGGCAAAGUAAAUUGAUAGCUUGUUAGAGCAAAUGCUUAAAUUUAGG